CCUCCGGGGCCGACGCGCUGCAGAGCCUGGCUCAGUCCGCCCUCCGCGCUCGCACCGCCAGCAUGACCGACGCGCUACUGCCCGCGGCCCCCCAGCAGCUGGAAAAGGAAAGCGACGGCUACUUUCGGAAGGGUUGCAAUCCCCUUGCACAAACUGGCCGGAGCAGACUGCAGAAUCAGAGGGCUGCCUUGAACCAGCAGAUCCUGAAAGCCGUGCGAAUGAGAACAGGAGCGGAAAACCUUCUGAAAGCAGCUACGAACCACAAGGUACGGGAGCAGGUGCGCCUGGAACUGAGCUUCGUGAACUCAGAUCUACAGAUGCUCAAGGAAGAGCUGGAGGGGCUCAACAUCUCAGUGGGAGUCUACCAGAGCACAGAGGAGGCAUUUACUGUCCCACUGAUUCCACUUGGCCUGAAGGAAACCAAGGAUAUUGACUUCUCCGUCGUUCUCAAGGACUUUAUCCUGGAACAUUACAGUGAGGACAGCUCCCUGUAUGAAGAUGAAAUAGCGGACUUGAUGGAUCUGAGACAGGCUUGCCGGACGCCCAGCCGGGAUGAGGCCGGGGUUGAACUGCUCACGAGCUACUUCAAUCAGCUGGGAUUUGUGGAGAGCCGGUUCUUCCCGCCCACCCGACAGAUGGGGAUCUUGUUUACAUGGUACGACUCGUUCACCGGGGUGCCGGUGAGCCAGCAGAACUUGCUCCUGGAGAAGGCCAGCAUUCUGUUUAACGUCGGCGCUCUCUACACACAGAUUGGGACCCGGUGCAAUCGGCGGACCCAGGCUGGGCUGGAGGGUGCGGUGGACGCCUUUCAGAGAGCCGCAGGGGUUUUAAAUCACCUGAAAGAGACAUUCACUCAUACUCCGAGUUAUGACAUGAGUCCUGCCAUGCUCAGCGUGCUGGUCAAAAUGAUGCUUGCACAAGCCCAAGAAAAUGUGUUUGAGAAAAUCUGCCUUCCUGGGAUCCAGAAUGAGUUCUUCACACUGGUGAAGGUGGCUCAGGAGGCUGCCAAGGUGGGGGAGGUCUAUCGGCAGCUGCACACGGCCAUGAGCCAGGCACCUGUGAAGGAGAACAUCCCCUACUCCUGGGCCAGCUUGGCCUGCGUGAAGGCCCACCACUACGGAGCCCUGGCCCACUACUUUGCGGCCACCCUUCUCAUCGACCACCAGUUGAAGCCGGGAGCUGAUGAGGACCAACAGGAGAAGUGCCUAUCCCAGCUUUACGACCACAUGCCGGAGGGACUGACACCCUUGGCCACGCUGAAGAACGGUCACCAGCGCCGACAGCUGGGCAAGUCGCAUGCGCGCAGAGCCGUGGUGCAUCACGAAGAGUCCGUGAGGGAGGCCAGCCUGUGUAACAAGCUGCGCAACAUCGAGGUGCUGCGGGAGGUGCUGUCCGUGGCGCACCAGCGGUCCCGGCUCAAAUACGCUCAGCACCAAGAGGACGAUGACCUGCUGACCUUGAUCGAAGCUCCCGACAUCAUCUCUAAAACUGAGCAAGAGGUUGAAAUUAUAUUGCCACAGUUCUCCAAGGUGACAGUGACAGACUUCUUCCAGAAGCUGGGCCCCCUGUCGGUGUUUUCGGCUAACAAGAGAUGGACGCCGCCUCGAAGUAUUCACUUUACCGCAGAAGAAGGGGACUUGGGGUUCACCUUGAGAGGAAACUCCCCCGUUCAAGUCCACUUCCUGGAUCCUCACUGCUCUGCCGCGCUGGCAGGGGCCAAGGAAGGGGAUUAUAUCGUUUCCAUUCAAGACGUGGACUGCAAGUGGCUGACGGUGAGCGAGGUCAUGAGGCGGCUGAAGGCCUGUGGCAGGGACGGCGUGGAGAUGAAGGUCGUGAGCCUGCUGGACUUCACCUCGUCCAUGCACAAUAAGUGUGCGACAUACUCUGUGGGAAUGCAGAAAACCUACUCCAUGAUCUGCUUAGCCAUAGAUGAUGAUGAUAAAACUGAUAAAACCAAGAAAAUCUCGAAGAAGCCUUCUUUUUUGAGUUGGGGCACCAACAAGAACAGGCAGAAGUCGGCCAGCACCUUGUGCCUCCCGUCGGUUGGGGUUGCGAGGCCUCAAGUCAAGAAGAAGCUCCCCUCUCCCUUCAGCCUUCUCAACUCCGACAGUUCUUUGUACUGAUGUGAGGAAACCAAAAACGUCCAGGCCCCAGAUGUCUCCGGUGCUGACCAGGCGUUCAUAUCUGUGCCACGAUGGAAAAUUUCUAAAUACUCGCAGAUCCCAUUUUCUCACUGGGUAAACUCACAAUUGGUAGAUCUUCAUGAAUGACAGUAACAAGAAACCUUGAGAAAUUUGGGGAGUGUCACCAUAUUGCUGCAAGUUAUUUAUUAUAUAAAGUAUUGUAAAUAGAACGGUGUUGAAAAUACGGCUGUUUUUAAUGGCUACAGUGACGGUGUGUAGUUAUUCUCAGAAUUAAAUAGGCUUACCUCUGUUGGUCCUCCUUGUAAUCAUUUCUAGACUUGGAUAAUAGAUCAUUCCUUAACUCAGAAUUCA